AUGGAUCUCGUUUCCAAUCCAAACGAAGAUGAUGGACCGAAGAUCUUGGGCGUAACUUUACCGAUUACUGCUGCGGCUCUGAUGGCUGUGGCAGCAAGAGUUUACGUUCGCUCUCACCUGAUUCGCAACUUCGGCAUCGAUGAUGCAUUGAUGACUUUCUCGGUGUUAAUCUCCGUCGCAGGAGGAGCCGUCAUGAUACCUCAAGUCCGCAAUGGUGCAGGACGACACAGAGGCGACGUCGAAGAAGAUGUUUUCGGACUGGGGGUCAAACUCAACUUUGUCACGCAAUUGUUGUAUUUGUGUGGCAUCUGUAAUGUCAAACUCUCGGUUGGAUGUUCACUUCUUCGCAUUGCGUCUAAGAACGUCUACAAACAGGUGAUCAUGUGCAUCAUGACGUUCAUGACUCUCUACACGAGCGCUUGCUUCAUAACGGUACUUGCACAGUGUACCGAUAUUCGAGUUCUUUGGGACAAGUCAGUUGAUUCAGUCUGCUGGCCAGUUGAGGUUCUCCAAGGUCUCGGAUACGCCAACGUUACGAUCAACAUCCUCACCGACCUCCUUUUCGCUACGAUCCCUAUACCGAUGCUUUGGAGGCUCAAUAUCCAUCGACGAGCUCGCAUUUCUCUUGUUGUUAUUCUGGGUCUUGGUGUCUUUGCUUGUGCAGCUGCGUGCGUCAAGUCUGUCUACAUCGUCAACUACGGCAAGUUGGGCGACGUGCUGUGGGAUUCACGCAACAUAACAAUAUGGACAGUAGCCGAGAUGAACAUCGGAAUUGUGGCGGGAAGCCUUCCCACUUUGAGACCACUGUUCAAGCGCUUUCUUGGCAGUACAUACGGCAAAGCAUCGAAGUCUCCUGCGGAAACCGGCUACUAUGCUCACAGGGAGUUGCGAAGCAACAACUGGAGGGCUCUGAGCAGCAGUGAAGAAGCUCUCAAUGCCCUGAAGGAGAAUCACGAGCUCCAAAAGUCCGGGUGGGAUUACCAAGACGACCGUGACGAAGGUCGUGUUUUUGCCGGCUCAUGA